AUGAGUCAAUACAACAAGGAGUAUUUGGUUGUGACUAAAGACGAGUUACCUUUAGUAGAUACGAUAACAAAAUUGGUUCAGGAUGACUCUGCUGGUGCAACAACAGUUUUUUUGGGAACAACUCGAGAUUCAUUUCAAGGAAAACGAGUUUUGCAAUUAGACUAUGAGGCCUACGAGCUCAUGUCUAUUAAGAUUCUUAAAGCCAUUAUUCAAGAGGCACGUGCACGAUGGAAGAUUCAGCAUGUAGCCAUCUAUCAUCGUGUUGGAUGUGUUCCUGUAGGACAAACAAGCGUAAUUGCCGCAGUAUCUUCAACACAUCGCGGGGAUUCUAUUAAUUCCACGGCAUAUUUAAUCGAUGAACUCAAGGACCGAUGUCCAAUAUGGAAAAAAGAAGUGUAUGAGGAUGGAAGUAUCUGGAAAGGUGCAUGUGAAGGAUCUCGCUCUGAAAAAACACAAUAA